AUGUUUGCAGCAUUAAAGUAUCAUUCAACAGACUAUUUAUAUGAGAGCAUCUCAAGGCAGAAGUUAUCCAUCCGGAGAUUCUCACUUUGCUUUCCUCCCUGUUUACACCACGAUGGAAAGAAUCAUCUCACCGGACUCUUUGCUGAUGAUAAGUACAGGAAGCCGUGGACUAGAAUCACUUCAGCGCAGAACAUGAUCACUAUUUCAGUAUUGGAUCAAUGGAGGAAGAGUUUAUCUGUGGAGGAUUUUCUAGAAAAGUCACCAGUACAAAAUCUAUUGUAUUCAAAUCUGCAUUUAAAAAAUGAAUUUGUUUCAAGUUCAAACCCCUACUCUCAGACUGACAGAGAAGAAAUUUCUACACUUACAAAGAAUGUUGUUCAGGAAGGAUCCACUCAAGACAAAUAUUUGAAGAUUGACUAUGCCACUGAAUUUAAAGAACAAUGGCAAGAUUUAUAUAUGGAAGAUGAAUUUGUUUUUAUUGAUAGUCUUGAAAGGUUUCAUAAAAAACUGCCUACUUCAUCUAUACUUCUGAGCAGACUACAUAUCUUUUUAGUAAAAGAUCCCCUUUUAGAUUCUAGAGGACAGAAUUUAAUAGAAGAAAGGGAAUGCUUGACUUUUCAAAAUGGAACGGAAAUGGAAGAGAAUAAGACUGAAUUGCAGGAGAUUAAAGAGAAGUUCUGUACAAUAUCUAUAAAAGAUGAAGAGUAUUUUAUGUUACCUUUUGAGUUAGAAUGCUGCAAACCUGGCAAUAGCAGAUCCGAUUCUGUUAAGAUUCCAUCAUACUUCGAACUGGAAGAGUUGUUAAAUUUAGCUCCAGAAACUAUGGCUGAUGAAGAUGUGUGCAAAGAGGUGAUCAAAGAAGAUCUCAAAGUAGAAAUCACACAUAAAACAGAAAUUUCCAAAUACUUUCCCAAGCCACAAGAGAUUUCCCCCAGUGACAGCAGAAGUAUGUCAGAGUUCUGUGAGUCAGCUAAACGUGUUCCAUACCUGAAAGAUGAAAUGGAAGUACCAUUAACUCCUCCACGCAGACAACAAAGAUCAUGGGUUAAUUUUCUGUGCACAGGACUUCAAGAAGAACCUCUUUCUCUUUCUGGUAACAGUAUUUUGAUUACAGAGCCCUCUAGGGAACACCUAGAAUAUUUAGUAUGGCAGUCAGAGAAGUAUCGGGAUAGUGUGAACUCUCUUUUGCUUGUCGAGCAUAAGACUGUUAAACUUGCAUAUCAGCAUCAUUCACUUACAGAGGUGAAGAAGAUGCUAGGAGUUGAGAUAGAAGCACCAAUGCAUAGCUCAUUAGAGGAGGGCUGGUGGCUUCAUUUGGGUUUUAAUCCAAUCUCCACAGAAACUUUGGAACAAUUAAAUACAGAUGCCAAUAACACCAGAAGUUUACUUCCUACAGAGGUAGAAACAUUCACGCGAGUUGCAUCAGAUCAGUUAGAAAGAUGUCUUGAGGAGAAGAAUUCUGUGAAAAACCAGGAGGUGCUUUCUGUUGAGACACAUCAGUCAGGUAAACUGACUGAUCCUUGCACAUCACAGCAGGCGCAGUGGCAGCACUUUGCCCUGAACGCAAGCACUGCAUCAUCUGCUAAAAUGCACAGUGCAGAUUCCUCUGAUGAAGAGCUUAGUGGAGGAAGCAUAAAAAAGAAUAAAGUAGAAGAAGAAAUUUAUUUCUUAAACCAAGAAAACAAACCCCCCAAAUUGUCUGAAUCAGGCAGCUGUAAAGAUCUAUCUUCUAAAGAAGAUAGCUGUAAAGUUGUAAAGGUAGCUGUAAAGCCUGCAUCCUUUGAACUUGCUACAAAAUGGAACAAAGAUGACUCUGACCUGAGCAACUUCAUCAUGUUGAGAUCCACACAUAAACUCACCCCAAGAAAGGAGGAAAGCUAUGUGGAUUGUUCUGAAAAAGUGCCUGAAGAAAAGCAUAUGCCUUGUCUCAAAGAGGACAGUUCUGUUUGUGAGACUGCAAGAACAGAGGAAAAAGAACAAAAGAAUGAGGACAGUGUCAUAAUUGAUAUUCAAGCAUCAGAAAGCCAGUGCCAAGCAUACUGCCUCUUGGAAGAAGCAGCCACUCCUGUUCUAAAAGAUUUGACACAUCUGGGUGUACUUGCUUCUGUAAAGUGGCAUUUUGACAGCAUUAAAUUUGAUAACACAAGGUUUUUCUUAAAACAGCAAGAGAAGGUGGUGUGUGAUCUUUUUAAAGAAGGUAAAACAGAUGAGAAGGAGAUCAUGCUGUUCAGACAUGCUGCUCUGGUGCACCUGCUGGUGACAGUUCGAGAUCUUCUGUUAACAUGCAGCUUGGACACAGCACUUGGUUAUUUGUCCAAAGCAAAGGAUAUCUACAAAACCAUCUUGGAAUCCUGUUUGAAUAACAUCUGGAAGCAGCUGAAGAUUGUACAGUGCAGCAGCCAGAAAAAGCAUGAAACAAGUCCCAAAAUAACAGAGCUUCAGUGUCAGAUAUUAAAUUGGAAACAAAGUUACAGAGAAGAACACAGUGUUAAGAUAUUAAUCAUAACAAGGAUGGACUCGGAGAGAGAAAAAGCUGCCCUCAAUCACACUUUAUCCACAGUAGGAGGUUUCAAAGUUGUGGAUUUGAAUUCUGAGAAAAAAGGAACCUUUUUAGGUUGCAAAGAUAUCAUAAGCAGCCUUAGUAGCUAUUCCUGUGUUAUUGUACACAAUCAUCAAAUUGGAGCUGACUUCCCUUGGACACACUUCUCAUUAGUGAUGGAAUAUGAUUAUUCUGAAAACUCCUGCUGGAAAAACCUGUGCAAAAAUCUGAAAGUUACUUACAUGACUUUUAAAACCACCACCCCUGAAACAAUGCAAAUGGGAAAUCACUGUAGUUCCCGUCUUCUGGAGGUACAGAUUCCAUAUGUAUUUCUGACAACUGAAGGUCUUAUUAGUAUGCCAGACAUUCUUCAGCUUUUGGAAUCCAAAUACAGCAUUACCUUUAUUGAAAGAAGUAGUAAUUACUCCUUAAGGCUCUUUGGAAGUACAAAUCGAUAUGUUGUGCUGACAGUGGAUGAAUGUACUGCUAUCUUUUUGCAGAGUAUGGAAGAACUAAAUCAUGAGACAUCCUGUGACAAUGUCAUAUCAAAACUGAUGGUAUUAUCACUCCAAUACACCUGCUGUUGGAUUGUUUUCUUUUCCAGAGAAAGACUGAAUUCAGAGUACAGUCUCAAGGGAGAUAUUCUGCGUAACCUUGUCUUAAUUUAUGCCACUCUAAUUGAACUUACACAGAAGGCAGAAGACUUUGAAGUGAAGGUGGUUCUUACACCAGGAACUGAAGAGACAGCACUGGUAAUUCGUCAGAUUGCUGAUAAUAUUUUGAUAGCAUCUAAUAUCAGUCCUCAGGAGUGGUUGGACAAAUCCUGGAUUUCUGUCCUGCCAUCUGAGUCAGAGAAGUGCCUGCUUACUUUUCCAUGUAUCAAUCCACUGGUUGCUCAGUUGAUGCUAAAGAAGGGAUCUUCACUGAACAAGUUGUUUCUUGCAAGCUUUGAUCAGCUUCAGGAACUCUUGCCAGAGGUUCCAAGGAAAGUUUUGAAGCAUUUUAGUGACAUAACUACUUCAUGCAGCUUAAAUGCUGCUGCUCCGCCAGAAACAGCAGUGAAAGAUGCGUCAGCUCCUGACAAUCAGAAUCACUUCAACACAUUCUAUCCAGAUCCUAAACAAGACCAUCAGCCUUCAGACCUACCAGGAACAUCACAUGUAAAUUCAGAAGCCACAAUUCCUCCACUGAAUCAUCAUCAGGACUUUUUUUACUCUGAUAUUCCAAUCUAUCUCCAAAAGAAGUCAUGUUCUUCAGAAGUAAUUACAAGGAGGAAGCAGAAUCCCUCUAUUGUGCCUAAGGACUGUGAAGAUUUUGCUCAUCUAGAUGUUACAAAUUCUGCUUGUGUUCAAAGACAGCCCUUUACGUUGCAUUAUAGCUCUGAUCAUCCUUCAACAAACAUUGCAAGAGAUGACUUCUUUGCAACUUUCAGUGAUUAUGCACCUCAAGAGAGCUCUAAGAGUUUUCUAGAAGAAUUUAGAGAGACAACAUGUACGAGCCCAGAAAUUCCAAUUGACCAGACUCCAUGGAACGACUCUUCACCCGCAGGCCUGUGUGAUUCAUUUGCAUCUGAUGGUUUUCUCUCUGAUUUCUUUGUUGACUCAGCUGAGCUUCAAAGUCUGAAUUUUCACCAAAUAGAUAGAAAAUCUAAAGGAAAGAGAAAACAAAGUCCACCAUUCUUGUGGACAAAAUUAAAAAAUAAAACAGAUCCAGGAUUUGCAGAAAUACCAGAGUUCAAAAAAAUGAGAUUGACUUAUGAAAGAGUUCCUGGAAGAAGCGAUGGACAAACACGUCUUAAAUUCUUCUGA